UAGUGCAAAUCAGUGGAGAAUAUUAUGUUGGUUUAUUUUCGAAAAAAAAAGAUACUUGGUGAAUUAUAGGCAAAGAAUUAACAAUAUCGAUUGUUGUUAUCAGUUGAAUGUUGAAGAUUUUGCUCCGGGAUUGGCAGGUAGUGCAUAAAACGAAUAGGUAAACAUGAGCUCGCGUCACAAACGAUCAUCGAUCUUGAAAAAACGGCCCUCGGUUGAUCCGGGUAGUCUGGAAGCUAGUCCAUCGGAAGCGACCAUAACGACUAAGGCAACAAAACGGAUCGGUUUCAAACCGAAAAAAUCCGUCAAAGAAUUUUUUGCAUCAGAUGAAACAGCUACGAUUUGGUGUAAUUCGUAUGAGUUAUCUGCGGAUGUUACGCCACCGUGUCUGGUUAUUAACGACGAUACGACGUUGAAAAAUGCGUCUGAGAUGGGUGUUUGUCUGCCGAAGCCGAUGGAAAGAGGCCAGGGGAACAAAGAGAAUUUAUCGGCGGUUGAGGAUCGUCGAAAUAGCUGUAGCGAAAGCAGUAUUUGGGACCUAUCUAUAUCAGCCCAUGAAGACGAGAAGCGGCGAGUAAAAUUGGAGAAUUCUAUCAAUUCUAGUGUUUUGAACAUGACCGAACGACUUGUACAGGAACCGAUUCCUCAGAGCAGGCAAGUUUUACGACAGAAGCAAGAGGGACCUUUUGAGGCUUCCAGUGCAAUGGAUAUAAGUCCAGCUAAAGUAGAUGGAAAAAUGAAUUCCCCCAAGAAAAUACUCUAUCAUCAUCCGAAGCAGAAAAUGUUCGUGUCGAUCGAUGUGAAAAACGAAAAACAACUGACGCAGCAUUUAGAUGAUUCGGAAAUUAAUUUCUUUGGCCCACAGGAAAGUCAAGCUGUGACUAAAAUCACGGGAGCAUCUAAAAUCCUUUUCCAAACAUCUAAUACUCCCAAUGAAAGGCGAAACAAAUCGAUUCAGACUGAACAGCGUCCUUCGACCGUCGAUUUGCGGUCAACCCUUGUUAAUGCUGAUUUGUCUGCAAAUUGGAAUUCACACGUUGCGGCUUCGGAACCAUUCAGUCAACAUUUGACGUUUGGAAACAGUCAGUUUGAAAUUUCGGAAGCCUGGAAUUCUCAUCCGGCUGCGGCGUUGAGGCUUAAAAUGUUCCAGCAAGGGUUGAAAUCGGCGGAUUUCGAUUCGCGUCUAUCAGAUGAUGGAGGAGGAGAAUGCACCGAAGACGUGGAUACAACACUUGCCAUCACACAGACGGUUGCGAAAAUGCUGGCACCAGGUUCGAGGCCAGUUUCGUUGGAUAACACUCGACUUGCAGAGCCGGAAAAUAUGGAUAUUACGAAACGAAGGGAAAGUCAUGGCGGAGAAGCAGAGAUGGAAACAUCUGCCCACAUGGAUGUAGCCGAAGAUGCAUCUGUUAGCGACGUACUCAUUCCGGUCAACGGAUUAAGCAGGGCGCGGCCAUCGUUUGUUCCGAGUGCUACUCCAAUGGCUCACAGUGAGAGCGAGUGUAAUUCACCUAAGGAGGUUGAAUCGAUCUCUGGACAACGACACAAAGCAGAUCAGCGUGCUACAAUCUUGGAAGUAGUUCCAAUCGAGAGCUUAGAGUUGAAUCCAGGAGCGUUACCGCCUGAUUUACCUGUUAAAAGACAAACCAUGUUGCUAGAAGAUAAAAUCGUAGAAGAUGAUCCUUUUCUAACAGUACCCCAAGUUGAAGUUAAGACUCCGCCAAGGUCAACCAUGAGACAUACAGUUUACGAGUCCGGCAUGGACCAAUCUCCAGCGGAACGAGGGGCAAGGAACGGUAUAACCACUCCAAUGGUUAUAAUGGAACCAGUGAAAAUAGAUUUCCCGGAAUUAAUCUUUGGUGAUAACAGCUUCGGUAUAGAGCUGACCAAGAACUCUGAGACACUGCAGCAGGAAACAAAUCGUCCGAAAAUUCACCGAAUACCAUCCAGAAGAUUUAAAUUUGGUUUUAAUACCGUAGACACUACAAAAGUCGAAAAGCAACAGACACCCAUAUCCAUUGAUCGCGCUAGCAUUGCUGUGGAUUCGCCGGAUUCUAAGCCUAUUACUGAACCUAGUCGAAAAACAGUCAAUGCUGUUGCGGAUAUUUCACUGGAUAUAAAUAUGUUGAACGUCUCCAACAAAUCAGCUAAGGAUCCUAGAAGGACAGAGUUUCACAGCCAAGAUGUGUCUAUGGAGAGUCCUGUGAGUGAGAAGCCGUCCCCAAAACGUUCGACAGUUUUCACGAACGACAACAUUAACGAAUCACAUCAAUCGUCGCUUGGUGAAGCUCCUCAGUGUCCACGGGCAACAAUAUUGUUCAAUGAAAAGCUGAACCAAACUCGUUUGGAACCUCGUUCAGGGUCGUUGGAAGAUCUUAGAAACUACGGACAGUCACGCAGAACAGUACAGCGAAUAGAAGCAAUGGAUUGCGUUUCUUCUGACUCGCCAAGCGUUGUACAGCCAAACAACACACGUCGUACCGAAUUGUUGGUGGGUGAUAUGGAUCAGUCUGUGUUGUGCGUGGAAGAUGCUCAACCUAACCCAAGAUUGACCGCUGUUGCUAUCGAUAAUAUGGAUGUAAUUGCAAGUCACUCACCUCUUGCUGCGGAGGUGCACUUCGAAAACAAAAACCAACGUGAAACCAUCAGUUUCAAUGCUGACAUGGAUCAGUCCAGUUGCACAAGGAAGUCAUCUUCUUUGGAGCCACCAAGCAACAAACAGAAAUCCCGGCAAACCAUAAUCGGUCGCGAAAGUAUGGAUCAGACACUGAUUGACGGACGCGCAGUAACGGUACAAGAAUUCCAACAACCUUCACAACGAACUUCAAUUUUCUGCGGGGCUAAUAUGGACGAGACGUGCGUUGCUACCCUAUCCGAAUCUCGUCACAUUCUACCAGAAGUUCAAAAAUCACGCCUAACCAGCCACCGUGAAGCAGCUAUGGACGAGACUUGUAAAAGUAUUCCUGCCAUGCUGGAACAAACCGGACAUCAAACACCUGGGUUAAGCAGUUUUGUUGCUGAACACAUGAAUCAGGAAUCGUGCAUUGAGCAACAAUCUAGACGGACUGUUUUCAAAGAAGUAGACAUGGAUGAAACAGCGACUAACAAGUGCGAUGAUAUCACUGAAGGAACCAUUCGACAAUCGCCAACUCCUAAGAACAACGUUAACCACAGUGAAGCACUAAUUUCGUUUCCAAAAUCACGGCAUACAAGCUGUACUUUAGUGAAUAUUGACGAAACGCUUUCCCCUGCUCGAAAAUUGGAGGCGACGCUUCUAGAGCGGUCCAAAAUUGGCGAACAACUAUCGAUGCAAAAAUCAAGAAACACUGUACAUCAGGAAGCAGCAAUGGAUGAGACGCGAUCUGGGACUCCACUGCAGCCAACACGUGAAAGCAUUGUUAGAAAGCCUCCUCUCGUUUACGAAACGAUAGAUUUAACUACGUCGCCUCAACAAAGCAUGAGUCACACGUUGCCGAACAAAUCUCGCCUGGCCGUACUCGCAGAUCGUGCAAUGGAUCAAACCAUUCCACUGGAAGAACCCUCUCAACCAGUCAAAAUCCCCUUACCACCUCGUUAUACCACUUACAAACAGGAUUCGAUGGAGGAAACAGUCGCAGCUAGUUCGGCCGCAGUGGACAAUAUACCGCAACCAUUCCAAGCGCUAAACGAGUUAAAACUACGCAGGACUGUUUCCUGCGAAAUGGACAUGGACCAGACCAUUGGUGCACGAGUUUUGACCGUCGAAAUGGAUGACAGUGGAGGCGAUGAAGACGGUGUUGAUGUUGAAGAAGUCACCACCCGCUUGGAUGAUCGGCGAUUUGAGUUCGAUGGAACGGGCAACAACGGUAUAAUUGUGCCAGAUAUGACCUCCAUGGAUGUUUCGGUUAUCAAAUUUUCAUCAGUACCACCAGAAAGUACUCACAGCUCUCGCCGUACUAUUAUUCAGCCUGUCAAUAUUGCAGAAGAUCCGGUCAAAUGCGAGUUAAAGAUCGAGCAAUCGCAAUCGAUACUGAAUGCAGAAUCCCCAACGUACACCAUCAAGCAAGAGCAGGCAGACAAAUCGGGCUUUUCGUUUGUCGUUCCGCAGUUGCCGGACGACUGCGUACUGCGAUGUGCAGCGCAAGUCCCUGUUUACAGAUCAAAUCAAACGUUAAAAAUGCCACCUCAAUUAUCGCAACCGGAAUGCCUUGCUGACUCCAUUACUGAGUCCAGUUUCUAUAGCAGAAAAAUCAGUCCGAUGGCUGACCUGAGUGAAAUUACCGAGAUGGUCGACUUGACCUAUGGAUCUGGUAGGAGGCCAGUGGUACCAACGGGUGAUGUCAGUAUAGUUCUAAAAGAGGUGGUGGAGCCUCCGAUGUUUCAACCUGCGGUGCCGGUUUCCGUGAUACAGGAAACUCCUAAAAAGGCCAGCAUGAUACCGGUGCGCAAGAGCCGGGGAUCCAUUUUUGACAGGCUAUCAAUGGAUCUAGACGAAUCUGGAAUCGUGCCAAUUGUUCCACAGGAGCAAGCAGCAGGCUGCGAAUCUGCAGGGGAUCGUGAUCUAAAAAUGGCCGAUGUCGUGAAGAAUGACCAUCCUUGUCCACUAGAACCAGCUGAAGUAAAAGUCCUAGUCAAAAAUGAACAUGUCAUUGAAUCCAGUGACGACGAAUUUUUCGAUGCUGUUCCUGGUAGCGCAUCGUUUGAUGAACCAGAUGAAGACAUUGUUUGUGUAACUCAUGAAGCUAUGACACGUAGUGACGCUAAGGGACGUGGUGGAUUAAAGUUCACUGAAAUCAAUGAUCUUGAGCAAUCCCUCAUGCUACACAAUCAGACAACCGUAGGAUGCAAAUCGCUCAAAUUCAUCGAUGUGAAUGAUUUAGAACAGAUGACAUUGUUAAAUCAAAAACGUCAAUUGUCGCGAAUAUCGAAAUCUGUACUAUUGGAGCAAGAUCCGUUAAACGUAUCCCUUACUGAUGACUAUCCGAUGAAAAAAAGGAAAACUAAAAUUCCGACUCCUGUAAGUCAUACCAAAAUCCAACAACCCGAACGAACAACGCGACGAGUUACGUUUCACCAGGAUUUAGUGAAUUCUGGGGGAGACGAAACCAAUAAGGGUCCUGAAGUCGAAACGGUUAUUAUUAAAGAUGAAUUUGCAUCGAUCAUUGAUGAUGAACCUGAUGAGGGCAGCAAAUUUGGACAGACCCUUCUAACUGAUCCAUCGGUUUUUAUCAUUGAAGAAAGCGAUUUGUUGGCCAAUGAAUCAAAUAUUUCGCUUGUGAAAUCCCCUAGUUCCGAGAAAAUCAUCCCAGGAAGUACUUUUAAAUUAGAUAAUACAUACUUCCACGAUUAUGUCAAUCUGACACUACACAUAGAUCAGGUUGAAAACACUUCGUGUAUAGUCAUCAGCGACGACUCAGUGACCGUUCCAACUGGUAGUAAAACACAGGAUUUGAAAUCUGAACCACUAGAGGAGCGAUUAACUUUGGAGGAUCUUCCGGGCAGGAUUAGUAAAACGCGGGAAUCUGUUGUUUUCAACUCUACUGUAGCAAGCGAAGUUAUGUAUGAACUGAAGCAACAAGUGUCUCAAGCUGGAAAAGGAUGCUGUAGCUUUGAAGGUAACUGCAAUUGUCGAAAUAGACGAACUAUGGCAGCUGUUAAACGGGACAACGUGGAAACAGUGCGAGAAAUGUGGAAUCAAAACUUUGACCGAAUUUUGGAGUCCGUUUCCGAAGUUCCUAAGCAGGAUGUUCCACUGGAUACUCGGAUUUGCGAAGUCCUUAGCAGGCCCAUGAAGCCACUUCCGCUUCCCUGCCUAGAAAAACAAAAACCACACCUUCCAGAGACCCCACCAAUAUGGUUUCUAUGUGAAAAUUAUAUGCGGUCCCUACAAAUCAGUAAUACACCGAAUAAAGUGUACAACUUGUGUGAUCUGCCGGCGACUCCCAGCGUAACAGCAUUAAUCAGCAACAAGCUUGAAACUGAAGGGUAUCGAUGGUUUUUGGACGUCUCGGAUGAGUUGAAUAUGCACCUUUAUCUGCGGCACCGCAUCUUGCGAAGUAUUCGGUUCAAAUUACAACUUCAGAAAACUAAACGUUGGUAUAGCAAGGAAGAGGACGUACGGAUCGUUUGGAUGGAAUGCGUGGAGAAUCGUAACGAUCUAGUUCGCUCUGCUAGGCUCCUCGUAGCUCAUCUUGAAUUCGUACGAGCUAUGGACAAAAUCACAGUCGAUCAUCUGUGUUCACGGAAUCCCACCACUGCUUAUAUGAUGCGUUUGAUCGAGCAGCUGGAUUCUAUCAUUGAGCCGAUUUUUAGCAAGGUCGACCAAUUGUACCGGAUAGUUCGCAACAAUGGAGCCAUCCUAGAACAACUUGGAAACGAUGAUCAACUAGUAAUUCAUAAGUUUUACGAAUAUCAACACAACGGUGUGAUUCACUGGAACCGGAUAUCCCUGCAGUUCAAUGCGAUGGAUCGAAUAGAUCAUCAUAGUGUGCUUUUCCAUCGCAAGAUGAUUAAUGCAGAGUGUCUUUUUCCGACUGAGCAUCAAUGCGGAAGGGUCGGUAUUCAGGGAUUGAUAUUUUUGGAGUGUUUUCUAUGGAAUGUUGAGAAAAUUUCUACUGGUUAAUUUAUAUUUAAGACAAUAAUUGUACAGGUUUUUUUUAUGUCAACAAUAGUCUUCUUCUAUAGUGUUACCUAUUGUUCACUCCGCAAAUACAAAAUAUUAAAUCUAGCUUCAGAACGAAAGAUUAUUUCGCAUCAUCGUCGUAAAAAUAAAGCUUCACGUCAUUUGAGGUGCCGUUCGAAAUAGCUUCAAAUGUGUAUCUUUU